AUGACAAGUGCGGACGACGUGUCCUUCGAGACGCGGAUGGCGCGUGUCCGUGCGCGCGUCAGUCACUGCGUCGCCAACAAGUCGCCGUGCUACGUAUCUACCUUUGCCAAGACAAUGACGGACCUCUCCAACUCCCAGCGGCGCCAGGCCACCAUUCGCAUUGUCGAGCUGCUCAAGCGCGACAAGUCGCUGCAGUUCAAGAUUGAUACGAUUGGACGCGAGUACUUUGCUCCUCGAACUGCGGGAAGCCCGAUGCUGCCGCUUCCACCCCCAAGCACCCCACGCCGCGUCGCACCGUCCCCUCCGAUGCCACCGCCGCUGCCACCGUCGGCGCUCCCAGGAACGUUUGUCAUGAUCACGACACACCUCCACCUUGAGACGCUCGUGGCGUCGGCGGACCUUGUCGCACACGACGGACCGAUCGGCGUCGAUGUGUUGGGGCCAACCGCCGCGCUUGCGGUGCUGCAGCUCACGGUCGGCAGUACGGUCUUUUUCAUCGACUGCAAGUCGAUCUCGCCGGCGCUGGUGUGGCACGAACUGCGCGCGACGCUGCAGAAUCCAUUUGUGCCCAAGAUUGUCUUUAACGUGUAUGCCUUUGGACAAAUCUUGGGGGCCAUUGCCGAGACGACGACGGUGUGUCCGAUGGCGGCCGUUCUGGACCUCGAGCUGGCGAUGGAAGCCAAGACGGGUGCCGCCAGCAGCGACGCGUUCCACGCGCUGCUCGCCAUGCACGGGAUGGAGCGCCCGCCAAAGGAACACUGCCACGCGCGCGCCGCAAAAGCGCUCGGUGCCCGCCCCCUCUCGCACGACUUGCUCGAGACCGCUGCCUGGCACAGUCUUCUGCUUCAGCGUGCCUAUAUAAAGUUGCAGCCGUGGUUGUGCGCCACGUCGGACCGACUGGCGCAGCUCGAAGACGCGUCCUCGGUGCGCAUCACGGCGGCCCUGACAUUGUGCGAGCGGCAAGUCGCUUUUGACGCGGCGUCGCAACAGCUGACGUCGGUCGAGCUUUUGCCCCAAAGCACAAUGGCCACCUCGCCGACGCUGGUGCUACAUGACGACAACGUGGCAGAUGUGAUUUCGAGUUUGCUGCCGGCGCCAUGGGCCGCGCAUCUCUUGGUGCCCGAGGUGCUACCCCACGUGCACGACAUUGAUCUCGACGUUGGUCGGCGUCCGUGGGCGUGGGUCGGUGGCAAGCGGCUCUUUCUGGCGGCGGACCCCACGGCUACUGUAGGCGCUCCUGACGUUGCCCGCGUCGUGGCGGCGGUCGGGGGUUUUGGCACGGACAACCGAGCAGGUCUCGCGCGGCAACUCCACCGCGUCAGCGCCAUGCGCAACCGCCAUGGUGACGUGGUUGGCGUCACGGUGCGCAUGGGCCGCUACGUGGAAGGGUGUGCCGGUAUGCUGGCCGAUAUUCUCGCUGACACGACCAAGAACGUUCUCUUUCUGGGCGCGCCAGGGUGCGGCAAGACGACGCUGGUGCGCGACGUUGCGCGGCAUUUGAGCCAGCGCCACAACGUGUGCAUCAUUGACACGAGCAAUGAGAUUGCUGGCGACGGCGACGUCCCGCACCACUGCGUCGGCCUUGCCCGGCGUAUGAUGGUGCCGUGUUUGAACGCGCAGGCAGCGGUCAUGGUCGAGUGCGUCCAGAAUCACACGCCCGAGGUGCUCGUCAUUGACGAGAUUGGCCGAGCGACCGAAGUGGAGGCGGCGCGCACGUGCCAGCAGCGCGGCGUGCGUACGAUUGCAUCGGCCCACGGCACGCUGCGCAAGCUGCUCAAGAACAAGCCGCUGCGAGGUCUUGUCGGCGGCGUCGAAGCCGUCACGGUGGGUGACGCGAAUGCGCGGAAAGGCCCCGAUGGCAGCGUGCACAAGGUGUGUGCUGAGCGCUGUGACGCGCCCAUCUUUGACGUGAUUGUCGAGCUCGCAAAAGGCGAGUAUGACACGUGGCGCGUCGUGCUCGACGCUGCCGUCGCUGUCGACGCCAUUUUGCAAGGCCACUCGUACGAGGUUCAAGUGCGGACGCGGUCGACGACGGCCUUUUCGAUGUCGAUGGAGCAGGCAUGA